AUGGAAGCAGAAACCACUCCCUUGGGAUCAUUCAUAAGCAAAGGACACCAACGCUGUGACAUAUGCCAGUGCCACCGCCACCGCCGCCUCCUCUGCCUCCCCCUCCCCCUCCUCUGGGAGCUCCUCCCCCUCCCCCCCCCACCAGCGCCUCUGGUAAGCCCAGACGCUUCCAGCUUGAGACAGGCAGAUCCAAAAGGUCGGAGUGCGUUGUUGGCUGAUAUCCAGCAAGGAACCCGCCUUCGAAAAGUCACGCAGAUCAAUGACCGCAGUGCCCCGCAAAUCGAGAAUUCUAAGGGAGCCAACAAAGAAGGAGGAGGUUCUGCCAACUCCAGAGGUGGGAGCACACCCCCAGCCUUGGGAGAUCUGUUUGCUGGUGGCUUUCCUGUGCUGAGACCAGCAGGUCAGAGGGAUGCAGCAGGUGGCAAGACAGGACAGGGCCCUGGCUCCCGAGCGCCUUCUCCCAGGCUUCCCACCAAAACGAUCAGUGGGCCACUUAAUCCCCCUGCAUCUCCCAGGCUAGGAACUGCCUCUGAGGCUCAUGGCGCUGCCAGGACAGUCCCUCCUCGCCCCAGCAUGCCCGCCCCAGCCCCUCCCACCCCACCUCCACCUCCACCUCCCCCACCUCCCCCGUCCUUACCCCCACCCCUCCCUCCAUCUUCCCCCACCAAAGCUCCGCUGGUGUCCCCACCCGGUCCACCGAACAAAGGGAACCCCCCGACUGGCGCUCCCUCUCUCCCCUCUGUGGCGCCUCCGCCCCCGCCAUCCGCGGCCUCCGUCCUCAGCGACAAGGCAGUGAGGCCUCAGCUCGCGCCCUUGAACUUAUCGCCCAUCCCGCCCCCGCUCCCGCUCCUCCCUCCUUGUGGGUACCCUGGGCUCCACGCGGAGGCGGCGAGCCCCACCCAGGAUGUGCGGGAGCCUCCGGCCCCUCCGCCGCCGCCGCCCCCGCCGCCCCCACCGCUCCCACCGCCCCUUUACGCCUCCUGCACCGCCAGGUCCUCCGUGCCAGCGCCCCCCUUGCCAGGCGCUAAUAACAGCAGUGAAGCAGCACCCCCGCUGCCCCCCAGAUCCCCCAGCUUCCAGGCCCCGCCGCCGAAGCCCGGAGUGCAGGCCUUGCCCGCGCCGCCCGCGCCGCCCGGAUCCCAGGCGUUCCUGCAGAAGAGGAGGCACGGCCGCGGCCCAGGGACCAGUGGAGGAAAGCUAAAUCCACCCCCGGUACCACCUGCGAGAUCACCCACCACAGAGCUUUCAAGCAGGAGCCAGCAGGGCCCAGCCUGGACCCCGACCCAGCAGCCCGGGGGUCAGCUGAGAAACGGAAGCAUGCACAUCAUCGAUGACUUUGAGUCUAAAUUCACGUUCCAUUCUAUGGACGACUUUCCUCCGCCGGAUGAGUAUAAACCAUGCCAGAAGAUUUACCCCAGCAAGAUUGUCAGAAGCUGUACACCUGGUCCCUGGCUCCAGGCUGAGGCGGCUGGGCUGAGCCCCGAGGACAUCAAAGGCAGAAAUCCUCAGUUACCUCUAAAGACGCUCCGGUAAGAAGGCAGAUGAAGCGAAGCUCCCGUGAGCCACCUGGGGUUCCCUGUCACAGGCUGCACAUCCCCAGGAGAUCACAUUAGACCCCACCAUACUCAAGAUGUAAUUCAGUUGACAUACAGGCUCUGAAUAGAGCAUUUAUUUAUUGUAAAUAGGUGGUUUGCAUAGGCUUUAAAUCAGUAUUAUAGUCAACUUUUAUUUGAGUAACAAAAAAAAAAAAAAACCUUUUCUCCAUUUUUCCAAAUGCAUCCUGGCGUUCGUCUGUCAGUACAGAUAGAACCCUGUUCAUUCCCCCAUGGUGUCCAGUCCAUGACUGUAAAUACAUGUGCGGGCUGGCCCUUGCUAGAUUCUGAGGCAUUUUUAGAAGAGUCUUUAGUUUUUGGGUAAUUCCAAAGUCAUAGUAUCCACAACAGCUUCUUAUUGGCAUGAUUUUAUAUUCUCAUUGCACCAACUGCAAACUCAAACCAAAUAAUGCCUUAUAAAUGAUGAGCUCAGAGAAACUAGCAUGUCCCCUUCCCAGACAAUGCCACACAGCCUCCAGUGAACGAGAUGCCAUGUCUCGCUUCUGUUUUGCAGUACAGGGAUGAUUUUUUUGCUGCCUAAUGUAAAUGUAACAUAAAAUACAGGCAAGAGUGGACUUGGUCCCACCCAUGCUGACCACAGGGCCCCUUUUGUAACUGAAUAAUCCUACAAGUAGCCAAUGCUCUUACUGUUUACAGCACCCCUUGUGCCCAAGGCUCAGUGACUUCCCUCCUGUCCCUUCCAAGCUCCCAGCCCAGCCUGGUCGCCAGGGUGAGACAAGCUUUGUGACAUUUCAGUAUUUUUCCCUGCAAGUUAGAAACAUAAGCAACUUGUUAUUAUGGUAAACUACCCAUUCUAUCUCAGAGGUCUUUUUGUUGUUCUUUCAAGGGCAGGAUUUCCAUGGAAAAUAUUAUGUGAAAAAGUAGAGACAAAAAUGUACCCUGAAAUAUCUGCUUCAAAUAUCUGGUGCCCCAACCCAACCUUUAGAAAACUUGGAAGCACCCACCAGGCAAAACCCAGCUCCUUUCUAAGCUAAGAGAACCAUCAUUGGUCUGACAGUGUCUCGUUCCCUGUGGCAGGGGCUCUCUGUGGGGAGAGAGGUAUGGAGUUCAGCCCACCCCAGAACAUGGAAAGGGGCAGGAGCAGCUGGCACUGCUCUCACACCCUUUGUUUCGAGCUUGCUUACCACCUGACCCCAAAUGCUCCCCAUCCUUGGAGAGGACAGCUGUGAUACAGGAAGGAAAGGAAAUAGAAUGAAACAGACUGAUCCCGGCAGUGCUUAAAAUAGCUGCAGUUUAAAGGAAAUUGGGGAGAAAAGGGGAGGGAGGAGCAGUGAAAAAUCAGUUGGCAUUGGAACAACUCACACCUUAAAGAUAUCAUGCCCAGACCAAGCCACCACCACCCCCCCCCCCAAAAAAAAAAAAAAAAAUGGACAUUAAGAGUUUUGGCAAGCCUGUGCCUGCACACAGCCAGCUGUUGCCUGGAGUAAAGAUUUCCUACAUUCUCAUUAAUGCUUUCCUGCAUUCUUAUUCCAGGUAGAGACAAUUGAGCAGGGUUAAGUUCCCUUCUCUAGAGAAUAAAUCAUCCUAAAUUAUAACAGCUAAAUCAAUGGAAAAAAGCUUUUGUAGGUCAUCAGCUCUGGGCAUAGCUGAUUUGUUUUACUGGUUCUGGAAGGUGUUCAAAACGUCGAAUUUCUUUAUUUUAAAAGUAUCCACUCUACCUCCCUCCCAGUUGUAUAAACUAAUUAUAAAAACUUUAAUUAUCAUGAUUAAGAAAGCCCUAGACAAAGACAAUUCCACCUCCAAAGCGGACGCCUGCUCUGAUGAGGUGUUUAUACAUGUGUGUUCUGCACUGCUGGGAUGGAAGUUAAAAAUAAAGCUGUUCAAGGACAGAGGGAAGGAAAAAGCAGAAACCAAAAGUCACAAUUAGUCAGACAUCUCAGGAACCUGACGUCACAUCUUCUCAAGACCGAACCACGGCCCUGGAGCUUACGGCCGGUCCACUAAGCUCCUUCUGACAGAACUGCUGUUCAGCCCCUUGACCAUCAUCUCCUGGGUAGAGACACCCCAGUCACAGCAACCCUGAUGUCCCCACAUUCUCGCUGACGCUCUAGUCUGUGAUUCCCCCAGUGUAUUUUAUAUUUAUUGAUGUUUAUCUCUUCAGAUUUCUUUGUACCUAAUAAACUUUAAUAAGUGGAAA